AGAAGAAUCCAUGCGCUUCCUUCUCUUCCGCCCAUGUCCGCCGCGCGCGCGUCUUCAAGCAAGUUAUCCUCGAGCUCAACAGGGCAGCCAGCGGUCCGCGAGCCCACUGCGGCACCGGCAAGUUUACUAACAAGGCUGUGUCUGAUGGCUGGUACGAGUCACAUGGCUUUGAGUCUUUCAUUCAUACAUCGUCUGUAAGGGUCAGGUAUUAUAGGUCAUUUGAGUAUUGUCUUAAGUGGGAAAUCCCCAUGUCUCCCAGGCAGUCCCCCAGAGUAUCAAAGGCCUCCAAGAAGAGCUCCCAGAAAAGUAGCAACCCUGUAAAAGAGGUUCAGCCGCAGAGGUUGAAGGGUAAAAGACCAAAGAGGGGGCCGAAGAAGUCCAAAGUCGAUGACAGCAUUGGUGAUACAGAUGAAGCGAGUGACCGUGAUAUCCUUGACAUCAUCAGUGGUACAAAUGCUGCUAGACGUGUUGCCAAGGAGGAAGAGAGGUUUGUAAAGGUGACUGAUGAAGGAGUGGCUGAGUCGGAUGAAGACAGGUACUCUGUUGCUAGCAGUGUGGCUUCUGGUCCUUCCCUCCUACACAACACCACUGCCAAGAAACGGAGGCCCUGGAAGGGAGAGUGCUCAGCCUGCCGGAAGCUCUAUCAGAAGGCUAAGAGGAUGAAAGCGCCAAUUAAAAAUAAACUCUUAGACAAUGAUCCCAGUUCCCUGACAUGUGACCAGUGGGUCCUGAUCAAGACCUGGAGACCGAGGAGGCUGCCUAAUGCAGGAGGGAAACUUCUGACCCAUCUAAAACUUGUCAAGAGUGGUGCAAUGCGAUCUAAGCAACGUGCUGUAGAGCGCAAACCAACAGUCUGUUCGAGGGCGCACACUUUCCUUCAGAGGAACCUUCGACAGUGUGUCAGAGUUCCAGUGAAAAAAGAGAGGAAGAAUAACAGGAGGAAGAGGACAAGAGAUGAUUCUGAGGGUCCUCGCGUCGCCAAGCAGCAGCGCCUCCACGAGAGCAGUCACCGCCAGCACGUCAGUAGUGACGACACCAGUGAUGACAGCCUUCAUCGAGCUGGGGGUAGCAGUAGCUGUGCUGGUUUAGAGAGAUUCAGUGAGCAAGACAUGGAGUAUCUGAAUCUCUCCAAAAUCCCCCUGGAAAAAAACACCAAGCCCAGAGAGGUCCCAACCAAUAAGAAAGCACCAAAGAGGGGUGGGUUCAGAGAGUUGCUUGCCCAGUUGCGCGGCAACAGCAGCAUGGUUGUCAGAGAAACACGUUAGCGUUUCACGUUGAGUUGACUCCUGACUUUUGUUUUUUUUAAGCCACCAGGCUUUUACUUGUGAUUUUUCUCGUUGAUGUUUGGUGUUCUAAAUACCAGAGUGUAAAUACUUGUUGCCAUUCACGUGGAGUUGUAUUGAACUUUUUUAUAGAAGUGAAUGACUUGUAACUCUAUUUGAGUUUAUUGGCAAAGUUCUGCUGCAGUGUUCUGCAUGCUGUACUUGCAUGCUAUUUAUUUUCUCUUAAAUUUCCAAAUGGCAUUUAUUUAAAGUUUCAUACAACAGCAUAACUGAAUAAAUGUGUGUUUCCUUUACAUUAAUGCUGUUUUUAGCCGUACUAGGAAUGCGCAGUAAUAUCUAGACAGAGCGGUGUCACGAUUUCGAUUCUGAAUAGAAAGCGGUCAAAAUGAGCAGUCAAAAUCCAUUUUGAUCAUCAAUUACAAACGCAGUAUCAAUGUUCAGUUCAGUCAGUCGUUCAUUAUUUGUAUCAUGCCAAUUCACAAUGAAAGUCAUCUCAUGUCCUUCUCAGAGCUGAGCGGUCUCAUGUUCUUCAUUUAAAGGAUUAAAAAAAUGACAGGUGGCGAUUAAGGUGGUCACCUGCCUUGUACCUGA